AUGGUCAACAUGCUCAUCAAAAUCAGCAUCUCAGCCCUCGCCCUCCUCGCAAUUCUUUUCCAAAUCUAUCUCAAAGAAGCAAUAUGGCUUGGUUUCGGCAUAAACAGAACCCUCCAACCCCUCAACUCAUUCCCCUACCAAUGCCGUAAAAUCGUCCAUCAUCGUCUCGAAGCAUGCGAAGACAUGUACUUAUCCCAAUCCACGCGGCAAUUAUUCCUCGCGUGUUCAGAUCCAAUUUCUCGAAGACAAUGGCAACCAAAUGUUGGGUAUCGCAAUGUCUCGGGGCGAUCGCAGCGCGACGCUGUCGUUGCAUUGGAUAUCGAUAAGCCAAUUGAUAACGGCUUUGAGUUUCGCGCGUUGACAACACCGGGGUUUGAGGGUACAGCUAGUGAUGGACUUAUCAACCUUGCUGGCUUUUCAGGUGUUGAACAGGCAAAUGGCGAUAUUGAUUUGUUUCUCGUCAACUUGCGACCGUCGGUUGAUGCCGAGGGAGGACUUUUAGAUCAAUAUGUUCACGGUGGAAAUGACACUAUUGAGCACUUUGUCACUGGUCCUGGAGCGGCGGAAAUGAAACAUAUCCGCACUUAUUCUCACCCAGGAAUCGUUACGCCAAAUCGUGUUGCGGCGCUGGAUGAUGGGACGUUUUAUAUCAGCAAUGAUCACGGUCCUCAUAAAUUCGGCUGGCGCCAUCACCUUUCAAUGAUUCUAGGCUUCUCCGACGUAACUUUCUGCGAUACACAAAGCUGCAGACCCGUUGCAUCCAACCUCCAGUUCCCCAACGGUCUCGUCAUAAAGGACAAUACCCUCUACCUUCCAGAUUCUAUAACAGGUCGUUUAUACAUCUACCGCAUCCUUCCCAACCGCGAUCUCGAAAAGAUCGACGAAGUUGAUCUCGGCUAUGGCGUUGAUAACGCAUCUAUCGAUGAGAAUGGUGAUAUCUGGAUCGCCGCAUUUCCUAUCGGCGUUGAGAUUUUCAAGGCAUACAAUGAUCCGUAUAAUGCUCAUCCGCCUAGUACUGUGCUGAGAGUUAGGAAAGUUGAAGGAGAGUAUGUUGUUGAGAAGAUGGUUGAGGAUGCGGAGGGGGAGGUUUUGCCGGCUGCGACGACGGUUGUGCAUGAUGCCAAGACGGGAAGGCUUUUCUUGAGCAGCGUUAUUUCACCAUUUAUCGCUGUUUGCGAACCAAAGUUGUAG